CUAACAUUCCCUCACAUGUGACAUGUUUGUUUACCUUUUCUAAGGAACAGCCUAUUCGACCAGAAAUCUGUGGUUAAAUAGUUUCUGCGCUUAAAUAACCAGAGAGGAAAAAUCUAAUCAGUUUUAACUCUAAUUAGUGAAUUAUUCUUGUUUUGAUAAUGAAAAGUGAUCAAUUAACAAUCAAAAGAAAUAUAAGUGAAAAAAUAAAAUUCUCAGAAAAUUCUGUUUUUUUUUCUCAGCUGAAAAAAAGUUAACCACCUUGUCUUUCGCCCUUUGUGUCCGAUUUAAACUAUUGAUCUAAAUUGUUUUAUUGAUUGAUAAGAAAAACAAUUAACUCAACUACUAUUAAAAAAGAAACUAAAAUGUAAUCAUUGUCAAUGAUGAUAAAAAGGUAUUCCUAAUCCUGAUUCCAAGCGAAAAGGAAUUAAAUCAACAAAACUCGAGAUACAAAACCAGAAAUAGUAACUCAACCAACAAAUUUACUCAUGUGAAUGGCAAUUAUCCAAAUGAACACAAAGAAUCAACUUUCGCUGUUGAUAUUCGAUUAAUAUCAUUGGAUUUAACCUUCACCAUGGACAAAUUGUCAUCAAAUAAGUUAGCCUGGUGCUCCAAUGGAACCUACUUGACUAUUCAUAAUCACAAUAAGAAACCAUUGAAUAUUUUAAUGUCAUCAUUAGACGCUUAUGGUCAUUUUAAUGCGAUCCUUGGACUUGGUGAGAAAUUAGUUAAACGUGGACAUCAAGUUUAUUAUGCAAAUCGAUCUGGAUAUAAGUCUAUGGUUGAAGCUUCGGGUUUACAGUUUAUUCCAAUCGAAAAAUUUGAUCCGUCCAUGGGAAAUUAUGAAGCCAAUCAAUUUAUACUCAAAUUUAUCGACAAUUACAGUAAACAAAUGGAGAAAUCGUCACUUGAUAGGUUGACUAACUGGUCAUUUAAUGAUCUUUUUAAUAAUCUUGGUUAUUUCAGUGAAAUGAAAAGGAUGGAGAAAGUUUUAGAAAUGAUCAUUAAUCAAAUGAAACCAGAUCUAAUUAUCGGUGAUUUUACUUUUGCACUGCCACUUUUUACUAAAUGUACCAUCCCAUGUAUACCCUUAUUAUCAACAAACCCGUUACCGUUAUAUGGUGAUCGAGGUCCACCUGUUGCUUCAGGCUAUCCUAUUGAUGGACCCAAAGAUGUUUGGACAAUUUAUCGUAAAGCCGAAAAACGAGCGAUGUUUGGAUUACGAUUGUACAUGAGACCUUGGUGGUGGAGAAAGUGUUUAUCGCCACCAGAAACAUCACAACUUCGUUCAUUUGCAAAGUAUUUUGGUAUUUACGUUUACCCAUCGGCUCUUGACUAUGACUCUGACCUGGGGGCACCUUCAUCGAAUUGGACUCGGCUUGAUAUGUGCAUCCGUCACACCUCAGACGAUUUCCGAUUACCUGAUUGUUUGAAUGGAAAACCAGGUAAAUUGAUUUACCUUUCGAUGGGAUCAUUAGGAUCAGUAAACUUGAAACUAAUGAAAAGGUUGGUGGAAACACUUUCGUCCAGUCCUCAUCGAUUUAUUGUCUCAAAAGGUUCUAAAGGUGAUCAAUUAACGUUACCAGAUAACAUGUGGGGAGAUAAUUUCGUCAAUCAAUUGGCCAUUUUACCAAAAGUUGAUCUGGUCAUCACAAACGGCGGUAGUAAUACAGUCAUCGAAAGUUUAUCGGCCGGUAAACCGAUGAUCGUGUUGCCCCUUUUCUACGAUCAACUCGACAAUGCUCAAAGAAUCGAAGAGAAAGGUUUGGGACGUCGAUUGGAUCCAUUCAAGUACGAAGAUGAUUAUUUUCUCAGGACAAUUGAAGAUCUGCUCAAUAGUCAAUCGGUUCACAAUAAAGUGGAAAAAGUUGCUCGUGAGAUGACAAAAGCAUCAGAACAGAACAAAAUUUGUGAAUUGAUUGAAUCAUUAGCGUUUCAUGUUAAGUUUGGUGGACCAGUUGAUCCAGAAUUGAAGCAAAUUUUACCUCAUUUGGAUAAAGUUUGUCCGAAUGAUAAACUGAAGCUUUGAUCAGAACUUUUUUUACAAAAAUUGUUUAAAACCAAUUUUACCUCAAUUAAUGUUGUAACUUAUUUUCCAAUCAGUAAUUUGACAAGUUCUGUUUACUAUUAUUAGAAAGACUUUGAUAAUCUUUCCUAUCCUCUACAAUUAGUAAAUGAAAUAAAUUGUAAAUUCAUAUGAAAUUUUAA